CAAUAAGAAUUUGGGGGUUGGCGCAAAUCAAACUUGUUUAGUUAUCUUAGUGGCGUUGCUGAUUCAUUUUUUGAGCUAUUUGUGUGAAGGCGGAAAAUAUCAGUUAAGCGUAACAAACCACCGGAACUGCUUCAUUAACCUAUCUAUCAUAAUCGCAUGACAAAGUAACAGGAGAAGGCGUAUUCUGCAGCGCAAGAAAAUUAUUAUUUUUUUGCGUGUGCAGUACGUUUAAUAGUGACAGAGCAUGCACCCGUCGAUCCUAAUAAAUAUAUAAACAGUUGUAGUUACGCAUAGUUUUGAUGUUAGUUAUGCAGCGACAUACAACUUCUGAUAUAUAAGCAUCUUGAAAAAAGUAUAAAAGAUCAGAGACAAUUUGAAAAAAAAAAACUUAUUCUCGUGUUCAUAAAAAUGACCACAGUUCACUAUUUGUUUGCAGUUUGGGCUAUUAUCUGUCACUGUUUUUUUCAUUCUUUCGGACAGGAGACAGGCCCAGCAAUUAAAGUAGAUGGAAUCGUGGGUCAAGAAGUUGCUUUGCCUUGUAAUAUUACGGCUCCUACGUUCGACGAUGAUGUAGCAUUAGUGUUGUGGUACAAAGAUGAGUCAUCGACACCUAUAUACAGUCUAGAUGCGAGGAGAGGGGUACUUGGACAUGGCAGACACUCGUCAAGUGAUAACUACGCUACAAGGACUUACUUCAGUACAGUUUCGAAACCAGCCACUUUGCAAUUAACUUCGGUUACAAAAGAAGAUGAGGGAAGAUAUACCUGUCGGGUAGACUUUAGGAAAGCUCGAACAAGAUAUUCUGAAAUUAUGUUGAAAAUUAUAGUGCCGCCAAAUAAACCAAGAAUUACAGACGAAAAGGGAGAGGUAAUCCUCACUGUUGCUGGCCCAUACAAUGAAGGGGAUCGUUUGGUAUUACUGUGUGAAAGCGAAGGAGGAAAGCCAAAACCUUCUUUAACAUGGUGGAAAGACUUUGAGCUUAUUGAUGAUUCUUAUGAAGUAACACCACAAGAAAUUACAUUUAACCAGCUUCAUGUUCCUACUCUUCAUCGAAAUGACCUUAUGUCAAGUUUUACCUGUGAAGCUUUAAAUAAUAACUUAUCUCUUCCGAUAUCUACUUCUGUCAAAAUCGACAUGAAUUUGAAACCUAUCCAACUGGAUAUAGAGGGUGCUUAUGAGCCUCUCUCUUCUGGAAAACUAACAGAACUGCAAUGUAGAACAUCAGGAUCAAGACCACCUGCUACAGUAACCUGGUGGAAAGGAAACAGGAAACUCAAACGAACAAAAAACUGGGCAACACAUAACGGAAAUGUCUCUAUUAGCACCCUGACAUUCCAACCAUCUCUAGAAGACAAUGGAAAAUAUCUCUCAUGUCGGGCGGAAAACCCCAAAAUAACUAAUAGUGCAAUAGAAAAUGGGUGGAAACUUGAAAUACAUCAUGUUCCAAUACUUUCUCUUCGCCUUGGGAGUAAAUUAAGACAUUCUCACAUACAGGAAGGAUAUGACAUUUAUUUUGAAUGCGAUAUUAUCGCAAAUCCGUGGGUAACAGAUAUGAGUUGGGAGUUUGAGAGGAAAGAACUUAGUACGAAUACAUCAGUAGGUGUGAUAAUUAGUAACCAGUCUCUUGUUCUACAGAAUGUGAACCGGUCUAGCAGAGGGCGUUAUACUUGCAGGGCAACAAAUGCACAGGGCGAAGGUGUAAGCAACCCUCUUCAUUUGAAAGUUCAAUUUGCACCAACAUGUAGAAACAACCAGAAAUCUGUCUAUGGGGCUGCCCGUCACGAGACUGUAAAGAUUUUUUGCGAUGUCGAAGCCGAUCCGAUUGAUGUAAAAUUUCAGUGGAGAUUCAACAAUACGAAAGAGGUUUUAGACGUUACAACAUUUGAAAAUAAAGAAACAAGAAGCAUAGCUACGUUUUCACCAAGAGGAGAUGGUGACUAUGGAACAAUACUUUGUUGGGGAAAAAACUCUGUUGGGACACAGAAGAAACCGUGUGUUUUCAAACUUGUUCCUGCAGGACCACCAGAUGCUGUUGCCAAUUGCUCUCUUCAGAAUCAAACAGAACAUUCUAUUGAAUUAGAAUGUUCCGAAGCUUAUAAUGGAGGACUAAGCCAGCACUUUAUAAUGGAAGUACACGAUACAACUUUGCACAAACUUAGAGCUAACAUAUCCUCACCAGAAGCCAGGUUCUACGCCACAGGACUUCCGUCUGGAACAAAGUUUGUCGUUAUAGUUUAUGCUGUGAACGCCAAGGGACGAAGUAAUGCUCUUGUUCUUCGAACCAGCACGUUAGCAGCACCUCAAAAACAAUCACAUAGAGAAACUGUUUGGCAAAUGAAUUUUAGUCCCGUUCUGGUAAUUUUGGUUGCCGUUGUUGCUGGAUUUGUACUUGUAGCGUGCAUAAUUGUGGUAGGCAUAAAAGCUAGAGCAAAAUAUCAUCACCCGGAAGAUACCAGAUCUGCUAAGACUAAUGUUCACGACGGAAAUGACGUAGUAAACCACAAGAAACCAAACGGACUUAGUGAAACAUUUUCGAGUUGGGAGCCUGUUGACAGCGAGAAAGUUCCAGCAUCAAUACCGCUUCUACUCCAAGCUCCCCCAGCAAGUCCUAGCUUGUCUGAAACAAGUGGGACAACAGAGGCAGCAAUGUAUGAACAAAGGCUUAGGAGGAAUGAUAAUGAUGUAAAACUGAUUGGAUUAAAUGGUAAAGCACUCGACUCAGAUAUACAGAACACCCAUGUUUGAAUUUCCUGUUAUGAGGUAAUACUGGUGCCUUUCGUUCUGGACUGAUUGUGAUUUGAGUCGAAGUUACUGUGCUAAAAAUCAACUGAGAAAUUCACGAAGUAUUUUGUGUGUUUUCAUGUUUUGCUUCAAAGAGAAACAAACUUUAAAAAGUGCCAUGAAGUUGUGAGUUAUGAAAGCUGUCAGUCAAAUUAAUAACCAAUGCUAUUAUUUACGAUCACUAAAUGAAAGUUGGAAAUAGGAAAUAUCAUUUUGAUAUAAGCCACCGGAAAAUGAAAGCAUUAAUUUACAUAAACAAUAAUGAACUAUAAAAUUGCUCCGAUUGCACUGAUUUAUUUACGAACAUGGAAAAUAUCCUACAAAAUAGAGCAAAGGAAAUCUACUGACAAAGCUUUGUGUAAUCUUCAUUCGUCGUAUCUGUUAAUGCUGUAUAAUACAAAAUAAUAAAAUGCGAUACAGUAUCAUUAAUGUCACACUAGAGGGGAAAGUGGUUUAUUUAUUUUCCUGUGAGAUAACAUUUUUCCUACUUAACUUUUGAUUGACAAUUUAAAUAGAACUCUUGCUGUGAAAUGUUUCUUGUAUCAACUUAUUCAUCAAUCCAUUUCUUGUGUACAAAAUAAUGUUCAUGCUAUAUAUGU